UUCCAACAUUUUAAAUUCGUAUUUUACUUUAUAGUGUUAGUAUAACAGUUGACAAUUAUUUUAUUCAGAAAAAGUAAAAUACACAUUUUUUUUGAAGCAAGUCAUAUAAAAAUGGAUAUUUAUAAAACUGAUACGUUUUUUAAAAAAGUCAGACCUCAUCUUCAUAUAAAAAUUUGUUUGAAAAUUUUACGUUAUAUGGGAACAUGGCCACCUGAAACAUUAGGUUUUCCUCGUAUUUUGUAUUUCAUUUAUAGCUUUUUCUCUUUUCUAUUUGUUUUGGGAAUUUAUGUUUUUGUCGAAUUUAUGAAUAUUGCCGUAAAUUAUAAUGAUGUCAAUAAACUUGCAUCAGGAGGUCCUCUAUUCAUCACUAAUGCUUUGAACGCCUAUAAAUUUAUUACAUUUAUUCGAUACCAUCGAAGAAUAUAUAAACUCCUAUCAGUCAUCGACAGUCCUAUUUUUACCAAUGAUAACAUAAGAUACGAAAGGAUAGUGUCUUGGUAUGCGUGGCAGGGAAUCUUCCAUUAUGGUUUUUAUCAAAUAUUUGGUUUUUUCGCUGUUUUUUUCUGGUCAUUUAUUCCUAUUGCUGGUAUUUUGAAUGGUGAUGAAAAAAAAUUGCCAUUGGAUGGUUGGUAUCCUUAUGAUACAACGCAAUCGUUUGCUUUCAUUAUUACUUGGGCACAUCAGGCAAUAGCAAUUAUUUUGUGUUGUGUUAAUAAUUUAGCCAUCGAUUCAUUUAUCGCUGGUUUGAUAAAUGUCGCGUCAUGCCAAUUUGAAAUAUUAAAAUGGAAUUUUACUUCGAUAGGAAAUAAUAUAGAAGAAGAAAAUAUUUCAUUUAAUUUAAAGGAAAAUGAAAAUAAUAAUUAUAGGGAUAAAAAAAUUAAUGAUCAAAUACGCAAUUGUAUUGAGCAUAAUUUGGCGAUUUUUGAUUUUGUUAAUGAAAUUGAAAAUAUAUUCAGUACUGUGGUUGGUUUGCAAUUACUUUUGAGCUGCUUCGUUAUUUGUUUAUCGACUUUUUAUCUUUCGCAGAUGACAACAUUUACUCCAGUGGAAUUAAUUGCAAAUUUAGGCUACGUUAUGUGCAUGACGUAUCAAAUUUUUAUUUACACAUUUCUGGGGAAUGAUUUAUCUCUUCAAAAUGAAAAUUUGAGUACAGCAAUUUAUAUGGGCAACUGGUGGAAAUUGAAUUUAUCAUAUCAACGUGAUUUGUAUAUGAUCAUGAUUAGAACUCGUAGACCACUUAUUGUUUCCACUGAUUUUCUAAUUAAAUUAUCAAUUCCAACAUUUAUGUCUUUUCAUUUAAAUUUGCUAAUCAAAAUGAAUGUGAAAAAAACGGAAAAAAUUCUUAAACCUUAUUUUCAUUUGACAAUUAGUAUAAGAAUAUUACGCAAUAUGGGAACAUUACCACCCAAACUAUCAGGUUUUGUUCGAUUAAUGUUUCUUGUUUACAGUUUUUGCUUCUUUAUGUUUACAUUGGGAGUCUAUCUCUUUAUAGAAAUUGUUAAUAUUAUUAUUAAUUGUAAUAAUCUUACUAAAAUUGCUUCCGGAGUUCCGCUUUUUAUCACAAAUUUUCUACACGCUUACAAGUUUAUAACCAUUAUUUGGUACCAGCAAAGAAUACAUAAGCUUCUCUCAAUUAUCGACAGUCCUAUUUUUUCCAAAGAUAAUGUAAGAUAUGAAAGAGUAAUGUCCCACUUCGCUUGGCAGGGAAUAUUCCAUCAUGGUGUUUAUCAAAUAAUUGGCAUACUUGGUGUAUUUUUUUUGGCAUGUAUACCAAUAAGCUCACUUGUCAAUGACAAUGAGAGAAGGUUGCCAUUGGACGGAUGGUAUCCGUAUGAUACAACAAAACCAAUUGCCUUUGCUAUUACAUGGGCACAUCAGGCUGUGGCAAUUGCAAUGUGCUGUAUCAAUAAUUUGGCUAUCGAUGCAUUUAUUACUGGUCUCAUUAAUGUGGCCUGUUGUCAAUUUGAAUUGCUAAAACUGAAUAUCGCCUCAAUAGGUGACAAUAGUGAGAUAAAUAAUUUUUCACAAAAUUCAGAUGAAAAAAUUGAUGAAAAUUUUCAGGAUAAAAAAAUUAAUGACGAAUUACGUAGAUGCAUUGAGCAUAAUUUGACUAUUUAUGAUUUUAUUAAUGAAGUUCAAAAUCUAUUCUGCACUGUUAUUGGUUUGCAAUUAUUUGUUAAUUCCUUAGUUAUUUGUUUAUCAACCUAUUCUCUAUCACAGAUGACAACAUUUGUUCCAAUAGAAAUAAUUGGAUACAGUGGAUAUACAUUGUGUAUGACAUAUCAAAUUUUUAUUUAUUGCCACAAUGGAAACGAAUUAUAUCUUCAAAAUGAAAAUUUAGGUACAGCAAUUUAUAUGGGAAAUUGGUUAAAAUUGAGAACAAGAUUUAAACGUGAUUUACAAAUUAUAAUGCUCAGAACUCAGAAACCGCUUAUUUUUUACACUGAUUUUCUAAUUAAAUUAACAGUUCAAACAUUUAUGUCGUUUAAAAUGGAUGUUCUGAAAGCAGAAACAAAACUAAAAACAGUAAGACCACAACUUAACAUAAAAAUUUGUCUUAAAAUAUUACGCGCUACGGGAUCAUGGCCACCGGAAAAUUCUGGUUUUCUUCGAUAUGUAUUUUAUGCUUAUAGUUUAUCCAUUUAUUCAUUUACUUUAGGAUCUUUUAUUGCUACAGAAAUUGUUAAUGUCAUUUUUAAUUAUAAUGAUUUUGGUAAAAUUGCCUCGGGUGUCCCUCUAUUUCUCACAAAUCUUCUACAUUCAUACAAGUGUUUCAUCCUUUUUCGAAAUCACCGAAGAUUAAGAAAACUUCUUGCAAUUUUGGACAGCCCAAUUUUUGCUGAAAAUAAUUUUAGAUAUAAAAAUAUAAUUUCUUGGUAUUCCUAUCAAGGAAUGUUUCAUCAUGCCGUAUUUCAAAUUAUUUCUUUAACUGCAAUUCUUUUUUUGUCCUGCACACCCAUACCUUCUAUUUUAAAUGGCGAGGAGAAAAAAUUACCAUUAGUUGGAUGGUAUCCAUAUGAAAUUUCAAAUUCUUUAAACUUCAUUCUCACUUGGUUACAACAGACAAUUGCAGUUUCAUUGUGUUCCAUCAAUAAUAUAGCUACUGAUAGUUUUGUAGCUGGUUUAUUAAAUGUUGCUGCUUGUCAAUUUGAAUUGUUAAAAUGGAAUAUUUCCGCAAUUGGCAAUAAUAUUGAAAUUCAAAAUCAAUUAUCAAAUUCAAAAGAAAUAAAUCAAGAGGACAAUAUCAUAAAUGAAAAAUUACAUAGAUGUAUUCAACAUAAUUUGGCUAUUUUUGAAUUUAUUGAAGAAAUACAAAGUAUAUUUAGCAAUGUUGUUGCUUACCAAUUGAUUUUCAAUUCCUUCGUUAUUUGUUUAACAACAUAUUCAGUGUCGCAGAUGCCAUCAUCUGAGUAUAUGGGAAUGAUUGGACAGAGUGCAUACAUUAUAACUAUGUCAUAUCAGAUUUUAAUAUAUUGUUGGCAAGGAAAUGAAUUGUAUCUUCAGAAUGAAAGUUUGGGAACUGCAAUUUAUAUAGGCAACUGGUGGAAAUUGAGUUUAAGAAAUAAACGCGAUUUGCAGUUUAUAAUGAUUAGAACUCGAAAACCACUUAUUGUAACAGCAAAUUUUUUAAUUAAAUUAACAAUUGAAACAUUUAUGUCCAUAAUGCAAACGUCGUAUUCAAUGUACGCUCUACUUCGUAGAAGAAAUACUUAAAAAUUUAAUAAAAC